UCCGCCCCUCCUCCUGUCUCCCGCCGUCCUUUUACAUCCUCCCCCCCCCCCUCUCCAUUGCUCCUGUUUCUUCUUCCCAGGGACCGCGCCUUGUCUGUCAAGCGGAAAGGUGGCCGGAACCAAUAUCAAGAGAGGGGGGUGUCCGUAAGGAAAGCUGCCCUAAUAACCAGACUGAAAGCUGUCAGUAGUAGAGGAGUACUAGGAUGGCAGCGGGAAGAGCCGCCUCUUACUCGUCUCCAUCCUCCAGCUUCAAUGCUGGAUAUGGGAACAGCGGGGCGGCGGCCAGUGAGGACGAGGAUGGACAGAACCUCUGGUCGUCCAUCCUAAGUGAAGUCUCCACACGCUCCCGCUCUAAGUUACCAUCUGGGAAGAACGUGCUGCUGCUUGGUGAGGAUGGAGCAGGCAAGACCAGCUUGAUAGGAAAACUUCAGGGGAUUGAGGAAUACAAGAAAGGAAGGGGAAUGGAGUACCUGUACAUUAACGUCCAUGAUGAAGACAGAGAUGAUCAGACCAGAUGUAAUGUGUGGAUCUUAGAUGGUGAUCUAUAUCACAAAGGGUUGUUGAAGUUCGCUAUGGAUGCCAGCAGUGUUAAGGACACUUUAGUUAUGUUGAUAGUAGACAUGGCACGGCCAUGGUUGGCCUUGGAUUCACUUCAGAAAUGGGCCAGUGUCAUCCGGGAACACCUGGACAAGAUGAAGAUUCCACCGGAGGAAAUGAGAGAGAUGGAAGAGAAAAUGGUUAGAAGUUUUCAAGAGUAUGUAGAGCCCGGAGAAGAAUUCCCUGCUUCUCCUCAAAGAAGGAAUACGCAAGAUGAUCGGGAGGAAAGUGUGAUUUUGCCCUUAGGAGAAGAUACGCUCACACGUAACCUUGGCAUUCCUGUAGUAGUUGUUUGCACAAAGUGUGAUGCCAUUAGUAUUUUGGAAAAGGAGCAUGACUAUACAGAUGAGCACUUCGACUUUAUUCAGUCACAUAUCAGGAAGUUCUGUUUACAGUAUGGCGCUGCACUAAUUUACACAUCGAUAAAAGAGAACAAAAAUAUUGACAUUGUAUAUAAAUAUAUUGUUCAGCAAUUGUACGGAUUUCCUUUCAACAUGUCUGCUGUGGUUGUGGAGAAGGAUGCAGUAUUUAUUCCAGGAGGAUGGGACAACGACAAAAAAAUAGGAAUUUUAUAUGAAAAUCUUCAAACGCUAAAACCGGAUGACACUUUUGAAGAUAUUAUCACUAAACCACCUGUGAGAAAGUUUGUUCAUGAGAAAGAAAUUUUAGCAGAGGAUGAUCAAGUAUUCCUUACGAAGCAGCAGUCACAGCUUGCAAAACAGCCACCAACCUCCGCAGGGCGUCCAGACGCAUCUCCUCGGGUACCUGGAGGCUCUCCAAGGACACCCAGCAGAUCAGGGACUUCUAAUGUGGCCAGCGUGUCACCAGUUCCUGCUGGCACAAAGAAAAUUGACCCCAAUAUGAAAGCUGGGACAACAAGUGAAGGAGUGCUUGCGAAUUUCUUCAACAGCUUGUUAAGCAAGAAAACUGGGGCACCCGGGCCUGGCGGUACAGGCAGCCCUGCCGGCAAUUCAGGGGGUAAUGGUUUGCCAACAGCUGCCAAAAAAACAGAUGAACUUGACAGAUCGCUGAUCCCAACUGGGUCACCUGGGUCUGGUGGUACAGGCAGCCCUGCAGACUGUUCAGGAGAUAAGUCUGCCAACAGCUGCCAAAACCCCAGGCCAGAAGCCGGUGUUAACUGAUGUUCAAGCAGAGCUGGAGAGAAUCUCACGUAAGCCCGAUAUGGUAUCCCCUACAUCACCAACCUCCCCUACAGAAAGUGAAGAAUCUUGAAGACUGCACAUUCAUCUUUGGAGCUGUUUAAAUUUGCCUCUGCAUUUACCUUUCUUCAUGAUUGUGGAACAGCAGAGACAAACUUUUUUUUUUUUCCCUUAUUUUUUUUUUUCUUCCCCCCCCUCAAAGUGAAGACACUCAUUCAUCGUUUUGAUAUAUCCCAAAUUAACAUAAUCUAGCUGUGGAAAAAUACAAUUCAUUUCUGGUCUGAGAUUUUAUUUUAAUUUUUUUCCCGGCACAGAUUGACUUUUUCCGUUUAUUUUGUCAAGCCACUGUUUGGUAGAACUACAAUCCUUUUUAGUUACUUAUCGAUAUGAAAAAAAAUGUACAUGAAUAAAAUUGCAAUUUAAUAAGGCUACUGAGGGUUUACCAUUUUCCAACGAGGAGAUUAUGGAAAAUUGGUUGUCCAAUUUUCUCAUAUAGGUGACCUAUCGAUAUGAAAAAACUGGACAAGCCCUUUAAGAAAAAGGUUCUGCUCGUUUGUCACAGAAAUGGAGGAUGGAGGCAGUUUGUGCGCUUUGUAGAAUCCAAAAGUCAACACCGAACUUGAGGAAUGAAAACUGGCAUUAAAAUAUUGCUGCUGUGCUCCACAAUACAAUGACCUACGGUAUGGGCAGGUUCUAUUACCAGAUGACUGCAAGCACUGAACUCCUAUUUUCUGAUUUCAUUAAGGCAGAGAUUAGCUUCACUGUGUUGUAUUAAACUAACGUCUCCCGAUUUGUGUCUCUACUGUGUACAGCUCUGCACUAGCCGGUGCGCUUCACUUUGGUGGUCACAGAGUCCUGUCUUCUACAAUCAGUUAAUAAAGUUGUAUUUAUUAUCUGCA